AUAUGUAUUUUAUCUAUCAACAAGAUGUAUGUAUAACAAUAACUAAUAUAUUUAUAUAUUUUAAUUUUUUAGGAACAAUAUAAGUGUGGGUAUUGCAAAUAGAUAUUAAAACAUGACCAACUUGAACAGCAUUCUUGCUUUGCGAACAAUCUACAUUCAUUAGUGAUGGAUAAUGAAAGAAGACUUUUCAUAACAGGAAACGAGACUAACGAAACCAACGAAGAUAAUGUGCAAGAUGAAUAUUGGCUGGAUGAGAACUUCAGCGGAACUAACGAAGACAAUGUGCAAGAUAAAGAUAGGCUGGAUGAGGACCUUAACGAAACUAACGAAGACAAUGUGCAAGAUAAAGAUAGGCUGGAUGAGGACCUUAACGAAACUAACGAAGAUAAUGUGCAAGAUAAAGAUAGGCUGGAUGAGGAACUCAUCUCAGCUAUAAAAAAACAGACCCGCGUUGUACGAUAGUAGUUCGUCGGUGAAACAAAGAGGAAGAAAACAAAAAGAUCGCUUGUGGAACGAAGUCAGUGUACUUUUAAAGGGCUUAUAUACACCAAGUGAAGCGGAAAAGAGGUGGAAUUACCUACGAGAUUGUUAUAGAAAAGCAAAAAAUGCAUU